GCUGCCAAAACCGGACACGGGAAGGCAUACUGUGUAGAUCCAAGAUCAUUAUUAGUGACGUUCCUUAACCAGUACAAAUAACAAAAUCCUAUACAGAGACCACCCUACAGUGCACCGUAUCACAGCCACUAUCUCAUCGCCAACAUGCACAAUGACGAGGUGAUCCAUCGCAUCUCGUGCUUGUGUGGAAAAGCGGCACAAGAGGUUGUACUAGGGGCAGACCCUAGUGUCCUCAAUUUAUGUCACUGUACGGCGUGUAGGGCAAUCACAGGGCAACUAUAUUCUUCAUAUCAUCUUCUACAGACUCGUCCAUGGAACAUCGACCGCUUCUGCGAAUAUAGACAAUCCGCCGGCACCAGCCGAUAUUUCUGUAGGACCUGUGGCGCCCAUGUAUUUGCGCAUCUGGAGCAUACAGGACAGUACUUCGUCGCAGCCGGACUGAUAGUGGAGGGGCCUCGUCGAACCAAAACCAUACGGCAUUGGCGAACGAGGGAUACUCAGGAUGGCGGUCUGGCUUCCUUUCUUCCCGGUGAUUCCAAGGAAACAGUGUCCGCAUGUUGGCUUGAGCUCGGUUCCAACAACCAACCCAAACAUUCCGCCGAGAUACCGCCGGCGGACGACAGGAGUCAGAGCUUGCGAGCUCGUUGUCACUGUGGGGGUAUUGUGUUCUACAUCACUCGACCAGACUCCACUUCCGUUCAGCCAUCCUCCCCGUGGCCGGACCUGUUAGUCCCUUAUUAUAAGAGCUCAUCAGAAAAAGCCCAGGAUGUGAAAUGGUGGCUUCGAGAUAGAAGCUCCCGGUACUUAGCUGGAACCUGUGCCUGUCGAUCUUGUCGGCUGGCGAGCGGAUUCCCUAUUCAAGCGUGGGCAUUUAUCCCCAAAUCAAAUCUUGUCAACGCCAGCGGGUCACCUUUGGUGUUCACUGAGACUACGAUGCAGCGGUAUGAAAGCUCUCCCGACAUUUAUCGAGAAUUUUGCAACCGCUGUGGUGCGACAAUCUUUUGGCAUUGUAAAGAACGGCCGCUAGUAAUAGACGUGAGUGUCGGGUUACUUCAAUCCAACCACGGCACCAGAGCUGAAGAAUUAUUGGAAUGGUAUCCUGGGAGAGUGAGCUUUGCAGAAAUGGCAGGGGAUCCGCCGUUAAUGCAACGGUUGGAGUCUGGGUUGAAGGGGUGGUCGGAGAAGCAGGGAAUCGGCGGGAAAUGAGUGUU